AUGUCCGAUGGACAUCUGCUCAUGCAGUCGCACUGUGAAUGGAAACCAGAGACGGCAAUCCCAGAUCGGGUUAAACAACUUCUUGUUCCUUCUCAUCCAAAAAAGCCCAUCAACUAUAUUCUUGGAUUCAUUCAAAUCGUACGUCUUUUGAAGACUCAGAAGAGAACCGGAUGGUUGGAUAGAGAUAUUCCUGAAAAUAAGACCGAAAGUAUAGCGGAUCACAUGUACAGAAUGUCGAUUAUCUCUAUGCUUAUUCCUAAUCUAGAGAACAAAAUCAAUAUUGACAAGUGUGUAAAAAUCUCCGUGAUUCAUGAUAUAGCUGAGUCUUUGGUUGGCGACAUCACACCAUUCGAAGGGGUACCAAAACAAGAAAAACACCGUCGUGAACUUGAAACCAUUCAUUAUUUGGCAUCGUUAGUGAAGCCAUACAACGAACCUUUCAGUAAAGAGUUGGUGGAGUUAUGGCUUGAUUACGAAGAAAUUAGAUGUGUUGAAGCUGUGUACGUCAAGGAUAUCGAUAAGUUUGAAAUGAUCCAGCAAGCAUGGGACUAUGAACAAGACUAUGGUAUCAAAUAUGAUCUUACUGAGUUUUACGCUUCUAGAGAUGCGAUCAAAACUGUAGAAGUCGGAGAUUUGUGCGAUGAGAUCCUUGCACAAAGAGCCGAGUUUGUUAAGCAACAUUCUAAAUAAUGGACAUAUUUAUUCACUAUAGAACUUAUCAGUUGUAGGGUCAGAAGGGCUGUUUCUAUCAACUAAUUCCAUCCCGUUCAAGGGAAAAACUUUGAAUUUACUCUCUGUUCCAUCCUUCUCCGUAGCUUUAGGAAGCUUAUCCAAUCCCUUUUGUAUUUGAACGUUGGUUGCGUGAAAAAUCAAUUCGGUGUUCGAAGUUAAACUUGCAUGAAAUUGACAGCUUUUUUAAACUAAACACUAAGUAAAACAAAAGAAUCUCUUAAAUUUGAAAUAUACCGUAAGCUUGGACUUGGACUUGCAUGAAUGCUGAAUGUUGGACUCCACUUCUUGAUAAUAGUAUCACCCUGUUACUAGAUCAAAUAUACUUUCGUACCAUUUCUCAAUAUAUGUCAAAAUCACAAUUUUGAAGUACUCCUAAAUUCUACAAUAGGAAUUUUCCAAGAAAGUAGCACUACUUACCAUGCAGCAAAAACAUAAUCGGGUGUGAACCAUUUGAUCCCACAUGAAUCACACAUAUGAACAAUUCUUAAUGAACCAAUCUCUAAUGGUUUCCGAUUUCGGGGUAAAUAAGCUUUGGAAUCUUAAGCUUAUGUCUUGAAAACAGGUGGUGUGUCAAAUAAUAAAACAGGAAGUACUAGAGAAAGACUCAAAAGUGUCUUCGGUUUGUCUAUAUUAACAAGUGGAAAUUUUGCAUUCACUUCUUGUCACUGUAAAGAUGUAUACAUUGUGUUUGAAUUGUUGACGAUUGGAGACUUCCUUCAAGCUACCUUCCCGAUAUUUGUAGUGGUUUCUCGAGUAAGUGACCCAUUCUUUCAAUCUUUGUACUCAAGUAGCCUUCGAUUUCUUUACUUUUGAUACCAUCAUCACUUUUCCACGCCAAUGGGAUCAUGGGUAUUCUUUCAAUAACCUUGAUGGUUUGAUUUUUUCCUUCCACUGCAGCAAUCUUGUCGGGGUUGUUAGUCAUUAACUGAAUUUCCAAUAACCCCAAGUCUUCCAAAAUUGCAGUUGCAAGUGAAAACGAACGGCCAUCAGCUGGAUGCCUUAACAUGAGAUUUGCUUGAACUGUAUCUGCACCCAAAUCUUGUAAAUUAUAUGCUUUUAACUUCUCUCCCAAACCAAUUCCUCUUCCCUCUUGCCGAAGAUAUACUAUACAACCGUGGCCAAGCUGCCCCAUGAUUCUCCCAGCUUCAUCAAAUUGUUCUCCACAGUCACAUCUAGCAGACCACGCAGUUUCUCCCGUAUAGCACUCACUGUGUAUACGGACCAUUGUCGGUUUGCUGUAUGUUGUGCUGGGGUCUCUGAUUAGUUCACCCUUAUUGUCAAAUUUGAGUUCCAACUUCAAUCUGUCAUCUUUGUCAGCAGUAUUUCUUCCAGGAUACAACUUUCCAACAUAGGCACCUCUAGUCAUUCUAUCUUGUUGAGUCUCAUCUUCUCUAAAUCUGAACAAGGUCUUGGAUCUGAUAUCUUCGCCAAAUACUAUAGCUAGAUGUUCCUUUUGGUCAAUAUUGUUUUCGUAUAGGUGAAGAAAUAUUUCAGGUCCUUGAGUUGUAGGUAUCCUUGCUCUUGCUAUACACUUCACCACCGGCAAAAUGUCGGGUAGAGGAAGCUUUGAUCUUUGGUCAGCUGACAAGUGUGGUAUCAGUUCGGACUUGAUAUCACCAAGGUUUUCCAUCAGGAUCAUGCUAGGCGUGACAGCCGGAGAUAAAAGAGUCAUAUCUUCAAAGAGAUCAGACUUGAGGGGAGUUGUUUGGACAGGCAUUGUUGGUACGGACUCUUGUGAAUGAAUGGCACCAAGCGGAUUUGACCCCAAAGCUGUGGGGGUAGUUGGCAUAUUUAUAGGUUCUUGUGCCUUUGGAAAUUUGAUUAGAAGU